AUGUCAAACAAUACCAAAAAGGGUCAUGUUUCGAUGCUACCAUUCCUCGAAGGGAUGACGCCGCGGUACCAUGCCUGGACAGGGUGUGCGAUACAACACAAUAUUUUAGGCAUUCCGUGGCAUCGUUGCGGUGUCGGGUGUUGGACAAUAGUAGUCGCAGCGUGGACCAUUGUAGCCGCGGCUUAUUCUGACUCAGCUGAGGCAGAUUAUUGUUCUGCAGCAUCAUUGCAUCGGCUCGAAAAGCCUGUUCACGUGACGGCUGACGGCGAGACAGUCGUGGAGCAGCUAGUACAGGACUUGGAAAGCCAGAUGUAUGGGGAAAUGAAAAGUGCGCAGACAAGCGAGCGGUGCUCCAAGAAAGAAAGAUUAAGACCCGGGAAUGGAGGCAAGUUCAGAGCCUUACUGGUGUUGGAAGCAACGGGGAAUGGGGGAGUGAAUGAUUUUAAGGCACUGUUAGGAAUUUCUCGCCCAGCUCAUGGCACUGAAUUGGCGAAUUCUUUCGGGCCAUAUACGAUCGUACUUGAAUGCAAGCUUGACGAGCAUGGUUUGCAACUCCAUAUGAGCUUUGAUCCCAACGAAAUCAGCCAGGAAGAAGCCCACAGUGUGGCUAUCCGCAUGGAAAACGUCCUGAGGCAGUUGACUGACGGAGGCGUCGAAAAGGAGAAGCUGAAGGAUAUUGAAUUAACGAGUGAACAAGACCUGCGUGACAUUUGGAACUGGAAUGCUACUGUACCGCCGGCGGUGGAGAGGUGCGUACAUGACCUGAUCAUGGAACGGACCCGCCAGCAGCCAGACGCACCGGCCGUCUGCGCGUGGGACGGAGAGUUGACCUACAAGGAGCUGGACGAGCUCUCAACGCGGCUGGCCCACCACCUGGUCGGGCUGGGAGUCGGCCCGGAGACAAUCGUACCGCUGUGCUUUGAGAAAUCAAUGUGGAUGCCGGUGGCGAUGCUAGGAGUGAUGAAGGCAGGCGGAGCGUCGGUCGCGAUAGACGCAAGCCAGCCAGAAGACCGCCUGCGAUCAAUUAUUAGGCAGGUACAACCUACCGUCAUCCUUUCAUCGGCCACAAACCAAGACUUGGCGGGCCGGCUCAAUAUCACAACCGUGGUCACCGUUGAAGCAUCCAAUCUCGCACAGCUGCACUGGCCGCCUAACAGUUACCUCCCAGCGGUCGAGCCAUCCAGCAAACUGUAUGUGGUAUUCACGUCCGGCAGCACGGGAGCCCCAAAGGGAGCCAUUGUCACUCAUUCAAACUUCAGUAGUGCUAUCAAAUACCAGCAAGAUGCACUGGGCUUCAGUCCAAAUGCGCGGGUGUUUGAUUUCGCUUCGUACUCCUUUGAUGCUGCGUGGUCUAACUUUUUACACUCGGUAUCGUCUGGCGCAUGCUUAUGCAUUCCGUCAGAGUCAGCGAGGAAAGACGAUAUAGCUGCUUCCAUGGAGAGAAUGCAGGUUAACUACGCUGAUCUGACACCAUCCAUUGCUCGGCUUAUCGACCCUGCAACAACACCUAGCCUGCGAACACUCAUUCUGGCGGGGAGCAAAUUACACAGAAUGAUAUUGCCACUUGGACAUCGAAGACCCUGGGACAUUGGGAAUAUCGGGCGCGGUAUAGGGUUAACCACUUGGGUCCUUGGGUUGUCUAAUGGCGGUCGCAUCGCACCAGUUGGGGCAGUGGGUGAACUUUGGCUCGAAGGACCACUAGUGGGACAAGGAUAUCUGGGAGACCUGGAAAAGACAGCCACGAGCUUUGUGGAGGACCCCCGUGGAGACUUGGUGCGAUACGAUCCAGACGGUACGCUAGUCUUCGUCGGGCGCAAGGACGCGCAGGUCAAGAUCCGUGGCCAGCGGGUGGAACUUGGUGAGGUAGAGCACUACGUGCGGCAGAACCUAGCAGAAGGCGCCAACCCGCCAGUGGUGGCCGAGACGAUUACUCCGCGAGACAGCAACACUCCAAUGCUGGUGGUGUAUCUAGCCAUCGGGAAGGAGGCAAGCGGAAGCGGCAACAGUGUUAGGGCGGCCGUCCAGAAAGCCACACAAGGGCUCGAGGAACGAUUGGCCGAGCAGCUGCCGGUCUACAUGGUACCCACCGCGUACAUCCCCGUGGAGCAGAUCCCGAUGACGACGACGGGCAAGACGGACCGCCGGCGACUUCGUGAGAUAGGUGCGGCACUGACGCUGGAGCAGCUGGCGGAGCUGCAGCCUUCGCGGGGGCGAGCGGCGGGCGCCGGCGACCGAAAUGGAGCGACAACUGCAGGGGCUGUGGUCGUCAGAGCGGACGACAGCUUUCUACGGAUCGGCGGCGACUCGAUCGGGGCGAUGCGGCUGGUCGGGGCGGCGCGCGAGCAGGGGCUAUCGUUCACGGUGGCGGACGUGUUUGGCACGCCGCGGCUGUGUGAGCUAGCACAGAGGGUAAAGAUAGGAAACGGCAAAGAGGAGACUAUUGCCCCAUUUUCACUCCUCAAGCCCGGUAUUAGUGCAAGAGAUCUCCGUGCACAGGCGGCCAUGCAGUGCGAGGUUAGCACAGAUCAGAUUAAGGAUGCGUACCCGUGCACGCCGCUGCAGGAAGGGCUACUCGCUAUGACAGCCAAGCAGCCGGGAGACUACGUUAGCCGAAGCGUGCUAGAGCUCCGGGACGAGAUUGAUAUUAGCCGGUUUCGGAGAGCAUGGGAGGAGGUAAUCCAGAUGACGCCUAUCCUGCGGACGCGGAUCAUCGAUCUCCCGGGGCAGGGGCUAAUGCAAGUAAUACUAGCAGAGGAAUCGAAGUGGACAGUUAGCGGGGACCUCCAGACCUACAUAGGUGAGGAUAAGCAGAGGCCUCUAGGCCUAGGGACGCCUCUUGUUCGGCACGCACUAGUGGAGGACAGUUGGGGCAAAUGGUUCUUUGUGUGGACACAACACCAUGCUAUUUACGACGGGUGGUUAUUGUCGUUGGUACUAGAGCAGGUUGAGAGAUUAUACUGGGAAGACAACACAGACACCCUGACUCCCUUCCAGGGGCUUAUCAAAUAUGUACUAGGGCGCAGCGAGGACACGGAUCAGUAUUGGCAGGAGCAGCUAGAAGGCUCAGAGGCAGUGCCAUUUCCCAGUCUCCCAUCGCCAGGAUACGAGCCACGCGUCGACGAUAUGCUGCAAUACCAGAUUUCCGGGCUACAAUGGCCGCAGAACGACAUUACGGCCUCAACAGCGGUACGGACAUCCUGGGCUAUUCUAGCCGCGCGCUACACGCAGUCACCCGAUGUGAUCUUCGGAGCCACAGUGACGGGACGGCAGGCGCCAGUCCCCGGGGUUGAGCGGAUGGCUGGGCCGACGAUCGCUACCGUGCCAGUGCGAGUGGGUAUUGACUGGGAGUCGGACAUGGAUAUUCUUCUACAGCAGGUACAGACACAGGCAAUCCAGAUGACCCCGUACGAACAGACGGGAUUGCAGCGGAUCCGGCAGAUCAGUGUGGAGACAGAGCAGGCAGUUCGGUUCCAGACGCUACUUAUUAUCCAGCCCGCAGCCCGGGACAAUCCGUCAGAGGGAGGGGUUGAAUUAUUCAAGACAACUUCAGAUGGAGCUAACAAUAAUAUAAGUAAACUAAAUGCUUUUAGCACAUAUGCCUUCUCUCUGGAUUGCCAGCUCGAGGAACACGGAGUGCAGCUGCGGGUGAGCUUUGAUACACAGGUGAUUAAAAAGGAACAAGUGCAGCGGAUAUUACAGCAGCUGGAGCACGUACUACGGCAGGUGUGCGCGGACCGUGAAGUCCCGUUGCAAAUCAAGGACGUUGAGACAACCAGUGAGCAGGACCGCCGCGACAUCUGGACGUGGAAUGCCACCGUACCGCCGGCGGUGGAGAGGUGCGUACAUGACCUGAUCAUGGAACGGACCCGCCAGCAGCCAGACGCACCGGCCGUCUGCGCGUGGGACGGAGAGUUGACCUACAAGGAGCUGGACGAACUCUCAACACGGCUGGCUCACCACCUGGUCCGGCUGAGAGUCGGCCCGGAGACAAUCGUACCGCUGUGCUUUGAGAAAUCAAUGUGGACGCCGGUGGCGAUGCUAGGAGUGAUGAAGGCGGGCGCAGCGUCGGUCGCGAUAGACGCAAGCCAGCCAGAAGAGCGCCUGCAAUUAAUUAUCAGGCAGGUACAACCUACCGUCAUCCUUUCAUCGGCCACAAACCAAGACUUGGCGGGCCGGCUUAAUAUCAGAACCGUGGUCACCGUUGAAGCAUCCAAUCUCGCACAGCUGCACUGGCCGCCUAACAGUUACCUCCCAGCGGUCGAGCCAUCCAGCAAACUGUAUGUGGUAUUCACGUCCGGCAGCACGGGAGCCCCAAAGGGAGCCAUUGUCACUCAUUCAAACUUUAGUAGUGCUAUCAAAUACCAGCAAGAUGCGACGGGCUUCAGUGCAAAUGCGCGGGUGUUUGAUUUCGCUUCGUACUCCUUUGAUGCUGCGUGGUCUAACUUUUUACACUCGGCAUCGUCUGGCGCAUGCUUAUGCAUUCCGUCAGAGUCAGCGAGGAAAGACGAUAUAGCUGCUUCCAUGGAGAGAAUGCAGCCUGCGAACACUCAUUCUGGUGGGGAGCAAAUUACACAGAAUGAUAUUGCCACUUGGACAUCGAAGGUGAAUCUAAAAAAUAUUUAUGGCCCGGCUGAAUGUACUCCUGCGGCCACUGCUAUAUGUGUCUGUGAAAGACCCUGGGACAUUGGGAAUAUCGGGCGCGGUAUAGGGUUAACCACUUGGGUCCUUGGGUUGUCUAAUGGCGGUCGCAUCGCACCAGUUGGGGCAGUGGGUGAACUUUGGCUCGAAGGACCACUAGUGGGACAAGGAUAUCUGGGAGACCUGGAAAAGACAGCCACGAGCUUUGUGGAGGACCCCCGUGGAGACUUGGUGCGAUACGAUCCAGACGGUACGCUAGUCUUCGUCGGGCGCAAGGACGCGCAGGUCAAGAUCCGUGGCCAGCGGGUGGAACUUGGUGAGGUAGAGCACUACGUGCGGCAGAACCUAGCAGAAGGCGCCAACCCGCCAGUGGUGGCCGAGACGAUUACUCCGCGAGACAGCAACACUCCAAUGCUGGUGGUGUAUCUAGCCAUCGGGAAGGAGGCAAGCGGAAGCGGCAACAGUGUUAGGGCGGCCGUCCAGAAAGCCACACAAGGGCUCGAGGAACGAUUGGCCGAGCAGCUGCCGGUCUAUAUGGUACCCACCGCGUACAUCCCCGUGGAGCAGAUCCCGAUGACGACGACGGGCAAGACGGACCGCCGGCGACUUCGUGAGAUAGCUGGCAGAGCUGCAGCCUUCGCGGGCGAGCGGCGGGCGCCGGCGACCGAAAUGGAGCGACAACUGCAGGGGCUGUGGUCGUCAGUCCUCGGGGUAGACACCGGCAGCAUAGGAGCGGACGACAGCUUUCUACGGAUCGGCGGCGACUCGAUCGGGGCGAUGCGGCUGGUCGGGGCGGCGCGCGAGCAGGGGCUAUCAUUCACGGUGGCGGACGUGUUUGGCACGCCGCGGUUGAGCGAGCUGGCACACAUCGUUACUGAAACGAGUGCCUUUUAUCAGGACCCUCCAGUGUUUUCGCUUAUUGAUACUCGGAAUUCCUUGCUUUCAUGCCUUGAUACUCCGAAUUUCGACGUUGUUGAUGUGUACCCUGUUACUGGCUUUCAGAGUCGCUGCGUCACCGCCGCGUUGACAAGGCCCCUAGGGAGAUGCUAUCACUUUUACAUAGACCUCCCCUCUGGCGUCAGCUUUCCUCGCCUCGUUGACAGUUGCGAAAAGCUGUGGGAGCAUCUCGAUAUUCUUCGUACUGUAUUCGUUGAUUUCGAGGACCACCGAAUGCAAAUUGUCAUGAAGAAUAUUAAGCCUAUUAUCGAUAUCUACGAAGCUGAAAGGGACCUUGCCGAAUCUUCUCAAGAUAUCUACCGCUCUGACUUGCAAAGUCCUCUCGAACUGGGACGGACAUUCACCCGCUUCCUCCUCACACUUACUCGAGACGGGCGAGCACGGUUGACGAUAAGGCUUUCUCACGCUCAGUAUGACGGCUUCAGCUUACCAACCAUUUUCUCCUGUUUCGCAGCAUUCUAUGAUGCACGGGAGCCACCUGUUGUCCCCAAAUUUGCUGGUUACAUCAGACACGCCUUGCAAAAUAGGGAAGCUGGGUCGCACUACUGGCGUUCCCUUUUGCAGGGUUCUCAGAUCACCAAAAUAAGGUCUUGUGCGGAAAAGAACGGAACUUACCUCUCAAAUGAUCUGUCAGGCCAAACAAUUCGUUUUAAGAAAAUCGUCCCCGCGCCAAAGACUUCCAAUGAUUUCACCCCAGCCACAAUCUUCAUUGCCCUAUGCGCAUGUACACUUGCGAAAAUGACAGAGUCAUCAGACGUGGUAUUUGGAUUGGUUGUGUCAGGACGGUCAUCACUUCCUCCUGGACUGCACGGCGUCAUCGGACCUUGCUUGAAUGUUGUACCCAUCAGAGUCCAUGUACCAGCUACCGAAAGUUUCGCAUGUGCAAUUUCUUGUGUCCAUGAGCAACGUGUUCAGGGACUAGCGUUUGAAACUAGCCAGUUCAGCGACAUUGCAGCGAACUCCACAGAUUGGCCCAAGGGUAUCAAAGACUUUGGCCUAGUUGCUCAGUUUCAGGACAUUGAUGAAAAUCCGGCAACAGAAAUCUCGGGCAUGAGCACUAAACUAUAUGCUCAUCAGGGGCAGGAGGAUUUAGUUGACACAGACUCCGUUGGCAUCUUGGCAAAGCCAGUGGGAGACUCUUGGGAGGUGGAGAUAGCAGCGAGUCGGAAAUCCUAUGCACCGCUCGCAGUUGAAAGUGUGCUAGUGGAGCUUUCGGCUCUUCUGACGAGCAUCAGGUAA